CGUAGCUUGUGUAGAAGGAGAAUCUGGACCCUUCCAAGGUUAAAAAGAGGACCCUUCGAAGAGAGCUAGCUUCUACUGCAGUCUCUCCGCGGAAUGCGCACAUCUACUGCAUGCACAGGUUACCUUCAGCGUUAAGCCACGAAUCCAACUAACACUGCCAAAAUGAUGGAAAAGCACGAGUCAGUUAGAAGAUGAAACGAAGCUCGAUUCAGAAGUCGAUGACCUCAACACUUUGCCCACGCAACUCAAGCCAACAUCCGUUUUUACCAAUCUUUAGCUCGACAAUCCAAGCGACGAUCAUUGCUCUAGCCUCACCUACGACGGUCGUGACCAUUUUUCCAAGCAGCGUAACGAGGAAACCCAUAUAGCCACUUCAAGACAUGGAACGCAAGCGCAUAGCCAUAGUCGGCAGCGGCAUUUCCGCCCUCUCCACCCUCUGGACACUGCGCAACACCCCCCACGACGUCACGCUCUUCGAAAAAGCAGACCGGCUAGGCGGCCACACCAACACCGCGACAUGGACGUCGCCGCUCAAUGCCUUGGAAACCACGCCGGUAGACACAGGCUUCAUUGUCCUCAACGUCGCCACGUAUCCCAACUUCAUCGCGUUCCUUAAAGAGCUGGGCGUCAAAACCAUCGCUUCAGAGAUGACCUUUGGCGUCUCGCGCGACAACGGCGCAUUCGAGUGGUCGGGGACGUCGCUGGGGGCGUUGUUCGCGCAGAGGGGCAACACGCUGCGACCGUCGUUCUGGCGUAUGAUCUUCGACAUCGUGCGCUUCAAUAUGUUUUCUUUGGAUUUGCUGUCUAGCCCUGCGGCGCCGUCAAACGACCUCACUAUCGGAGAGUAUCUGGAAAGAGAAGGGUAUUCUGAUGCGUUUCGGGACGAUUAUCUUAUUCCGAUGACGGCGUGCGUGUGGAGCACGGGUCCGGAUAAGUGUGCGUUGGAGUUUCCGGCGUUGACGCUUGUGAGGUUCAUGUGGAAUCAUCAUCUAUUGUCGACGGUGGCGGAGAGGCCGCCUUGGUUGACUGUUGAAGGAGGCUCGAAGAGAUACAUUGAUGCUGCAUUGAAAGAGUGCACGGGAGCGAAAAUCAAGUUGAGCACACCGGUGGAGUCACUAAAAAGAGUCAAUGGGCGUGUUGAGCUAGUGCUAGGCGGCAAAGGAGAGGGGAGAAAGGAGGUAUUCGACGAAGUUGUGCUGGCCUGCCACGGAGACCAGGCACGGUCAAUCGUGGGCGACGCAGCCACGCUCGAAGAAAGAGACAUUCUGGGCGCAUUCGAAACCACGCCGAACAUUGCAUAUCUCCAUUCCGACCUGUCCCUUAUGCCCAAGCGCCGCGAAGCCUGGGCAGCCUGGAACUACCUCACUCAUUCACAGCCCCCUUCUAAAUCUACCGACAGCUCCUCUGGCAACCUCCAGUCUGUCUGUCUGACCUACAACAUGAACAUCCUGCAGUCACUCCCGAAAUCCACAUUUGACGACGUUCUGGUCACUCUCAACCCAGCAACACCACCCUCGCCUGCCCUCACGCAAGCUACGUAUGAGUACAGACAUCCGCUCUAUAACUCUCGCAUGGUAGCUGCACAAGAACAUCUAGAGCAGAUACAAGGCAAGAGGGGCGUCUGGUAUGCGGGUGCAUGGACGGGGUAUGGUUUCCACGAAGAUGGAUUUUCUAGCGGGAUGAAAGUUGGGUUGAGAUUAGGUGGGAAUGUGCCGUGGGAGGCGAAAAAUGCCAAGUUUAGCAGAGGGACGGCCCCUGUUUUAGGAUGGAAAGACUUUGUCUUGCGCGCGGUUGUCAUGAUUUUGCAAUUAUACGUGUCUCUUAUAGACCUUGCGGUGGGUGGACGGGGGCGAACAUUGAGGCCACAAGCUGUGCUACAGCCGAUUGGAAACGGGGUGGCGAACGGGAAGAAGAAUAGAAUGGCGAAUGGAAAGAAGAAGGCAUGUUAAGUGGACAGCUGGCGAGGCCGGCGCACUACUUGAAGAGAACGGAUCCUUUUUGCUCUAUACC